UCUCUCUCUCUCAUCCCCUCCCCUCCUCUCUCACUCAGCAUACAUACACUUUCAUGCAGAGACGGGAGGACUAUUUUUUUAUUCGUCCAGGUCGUUUUAAUCCGUUCUAGAGAAGCGUUUAUCAUGCUAAUGUACCUUGGUUUACUGCUAUUUCCAACGACCUAACAAAAGUUGAAGCCUGUCAUUUGAAUAAAGUCGUCACUUGACUGCGUAUAUAUUUUAUUUUCUCCGAUACGUGCUCUCAGGAGGAUAUACAGUCGCAUCCUGUUUGAAACUGAAGGAAGGUCUUCACACGGAAGCCUGGAUCUGUGUUUCUAGGAUUUGGUCGCCUGAGGCUCUUUCGCACCUGCCAGCAAAAUGUCUGCCCCAGAUGCCAAUGCAAGCCCGGGAGCCCCAGGAGCCCCAGAGGGUGAGGGGGGCUCUUCCUCCCAACCUCCCAACCUCACCAGCAACCGUCGUCUCCAACAGACACAGGCCCAAGUGGAUGAGGUGGUUGAUAUCAUGCGUGUGAAUGUGGACAAGGUUCUGGAAAGAGAUCAGAAGCUAUCAGAACUGGACGACCGGGCAGACGCGCUGCAGGCCGGAGCAUCACAGUUUGAGAGCAGCGCUGCGAAACUGAAAAACAAAUACUGGUGGAAGAAUGCUAAGAUGAUGAUCAUUAUGGGAAUCAUGGGGGUCAUCUUGGUGGGCAUCCUUUUCAUGUACUUCUACUACUGAGCCUCUCGGGGGACGCACAAGGACAUGAGACUCUGGCUUUGUGUGAACUCCACCCCUCCUUCUCUCCCCACCAAUGCCUUUCAUUAAAUCCACAGUGUGUGUGUGUGUGUGUGAAUGUGUGUGCAGUCAUUGACGCAGUGCCUCUCCCUCCCUUUGUCUGUCACUGCAUUUCUUUGUACCUCUCUUGAGUGCUUUGCAACAGUGCCCGAGCUUACUCAAAAACUCCUUCGGUUAGGAAUAUCUACUUAUGGUUUUAGAUUGAAGAAUGUGUUGGCCCUUUUCAGGCCCCUCCAAAAAAAACAUAUAAUAAAAAAUUAUGGGUGAUGCAAUAAUGUAGAUUUGUAGCACUGGUCCAAAUGAACCCAUGAAUAACUAAAGAGGGGAAAUGAAAGUUUGAGUUUAGGAUCAAGUCAUGCAUUUAUGCAUAGAAGCCAAAGUGUACUAGUUUCCCCAGAAACAUCAGCUGUGGUCCUAUCUUUAGAGUAUUAACAAAGUGCAACUGCAAUGAGACUUAACAGGAAUAUUUUUUUUAAUUAGUUUUAACUCUCCUCCAUAUAUAGAUUCCUAUUAGCAAUUUGUUUUCACUUCUUAAUAUGAAACAUUAAAGACCUGAACGAUUUAAGAGCGGUAAAGACUUAUAUGAUUUAAAUGUCUUAAAUUGAUUUAGUGAUUUAGGAUGUUAAUUCCUUCUACAGUAUAUCAUAUAAUGUAAAACAUGGAUGGGGCAAUUUUUAUAAAUCAUUUUAAGAUUUAAAAUGUUUGAAAAAAGCAUAAGAGAAAGAUUGUAGGAUGUUUUAAGCAUCUCCAGUUGACUUAAGAGAAAUAUCUGAUCACAAAUUGUCACUUUUGCUGCUUGAUGUUAUGUCUUUGACAUUAAUGUCAGCCAGAAGAUCAUUAGAGUCUGGAGGAAAAAACAGAUGAAAAUAUUUA